GACAUUCGUUUAUCGUUUUUAAUAUUGACUCAGUUCUAGAUACUGAGAUUCUUUGGUCUAGUAAAGGCAGAUUAUAAAUUGUAUUACUGCACUUCCCUCAAAGCCUAGGCUACUUGAUCUUUCGUCUUGAAACCUCCAAAAAUCGCCAAUUUGCCCCACCACCCACCGGUCAAUAUAACGCGUGUUUUGUCUCGACACCGCCCGCUCUCUUAUCAUUCCUUCAUUCACAACUGAGUGGAACCGUAUCUUCAUACACGGUUACCAAUAUACACGCCAAUCAUUAACAACCCCUCAGUCUUCCAAAUAGCCAAAGCCGACAGAUAGCUUCCGGAGCUGCACGUCCAACAAACUUCACACUGCAAGAAGUUUGCGAGGUACGAGGGAAUUCUUGGGUCAUCCGUCAACGAAUCAAGCUUGCUGCAUUCCCGACGAUUGCAUAUCCUGGUGUCAUUGAAAGGCUGGGCAGAGUGAGAUACUCGGGUAGUGAUAGUAUCCGUCGAUAUCCGAUACCGUACCUGAACGUUUGAUCUGUUUGCGGGGUGCUCCUUCUACAUACGUAUACCCAUACUCAAAGAUGUUGUUGCUUAAAAGUUCUCUCUCGCCCGUGGCGGCUGGGAGGGUUUCGACACGCACUCUUUUGCAAGUCUUAAAAAGUGGCAGAUUCAGUAGCGGGAUGGGGGAAUUACAAGCACCAUUGUUUAGUCACGUGUUACACAGGUCCUACAGUCUCAAGAGUCUCAAGAAGGUAGAGAAGUUCGGCUCUGUAGUUGUUGGUACUGGGCCAGCUGGACUUGCGGUUGUGGGUAAUCUUUUGGAACAGAAGAAAGGUCCCAUCUUAUGGGUUGGAGACGCUCAACGUUCGGGGGGUGGCAGAUUAGACCGAGUGUAUCGAGCAGUGCCUUCCAACACGAAAGUCAAGUUCUUUUCCAUGUAUGCAGAUGCUUUAGAGCCUUUCAAGCAAAUCACAAGUGAAGCUGCUACUCCUAACGCUUAUAGCGUUUUGCAAGAUCUUGAUCAAGAAAAGACUUGCCACAUUGCUGAAGCUGCUGAUUUGGGAUUGAUGUUGGGAGGCGGGCUUCUCAAAACUGAGGGUGUUUUUGGAGUCAAUAAUGGCACUGUUGAACGUGCUUCUUGGUCAGAUGCCAAAGGCUGGAAUGUCAAAUUCAGUUCCUCAGGGGGUAAAACACGUUCAGUAUCCUCCGAUCUCCUUUUUUUGUGUACUGGUUCUCACCCCAGUUGGAACAGCCUUGAGCUUGAUCAAUCUAGUAAGAAGAUACCUAGCAUUGGUCUUGAUAGAUGUUUGAAACCCACACUGUUGAAACCAAGUAUCCGUUUCGCUAUGAAAAAGAAUCCAGAUCCAACUAAACCCACCACUAUUGCCGUCAUUGGUGCAUCUCAUAGUGCAAUUCUUGUAUUAAGAAACCUUUACAAUCUCGCAACUUCCCCUGACCAGGAAUUUCAGAACCUUCGUAUCAAAUGGUUCACUCGCCAUGAGCUUCGAUAUGCCGAGGAACGUGAUGGAUGGAUCAAACGCGAUAACACUGGUCUCAAGGGUGAAGUUGCUACAUGGGCAAAGCAGAAUCUCGAGGCCGAUACAUUACCCACAUCUGACGUUUCGAAAUACCUCGAGAAAGUAAAGACCUCGGCAGAAAUGGAAAAGGAAGACUACGAGAAACAUUUACCAGGAUGUAACGGUGUGGUGCAAGCUAUUGGGUUCACCAAGAACAAGCUUCCAACUAUCGAGAGGGAUGCCACGCCAUUGGAGAUUACUUACAAUCAUGAGACGUCGGAAUUUGUGGAUUCUGAGGGAAAGACAAUUAGGGGAUUGUAUGGUGCUGGAAUCGCGUUCCCGGAGAAGGUUGUGGAUCCUGAGGGAACAACAGAGUACGCUGUUGGCUUGUGGAAGUUCAUGAAGUAUUUGAAGAGGGUUGCGCCAACGUGGACUGCAUGAUGAGAGAUGCUAUGAUAUCAUCAUGGUGGUAGGAAAUGCUGCAUGAUCCAUGAUGUAAUGAGAUAGACUUUUUGGUGCUCUCAAGUUCAAAUUGUACAUACCCUACUGCGAGUUUUGUACCUAUUGUCGCAAGUAUGACAUAGUGAAAGAAGAAUAUCACAACUCAAGAAUCCA